AUGGCAAGCUCCUACCUCCAGCUACUGACACCCAAAACUCUGCAGCUCAGGCCCUGCCCCAAGCCACAGGCCCUGGGGGUCCAGCAGCUUCUUGCAUAUCCUGUGGCGGCCGCGAUUGGCCGAGGGCUGGCUGACGUCAGGGGCGGGGCCUGGGCCAUGAAUGGAGGCCGCAUGGGGCUGUUUGGCCUCUCGCGCGCAGGGGUGUGGUUGAGGCGGGCCGUGAGCCGGUGCGUUUUGGAACCCCGGCCCCCGGGGAAGCGGUGGCUGGUGGCCGGCCUGGGGAACACUGGACUGCCUGGCACGCGGCGCAGCGUGGGCAUAGCGGUGCUGGCGCGGCGGCUACGUGUGGCGAAGAGCUGGGCGCGCGACCGGCGCUGUGCCGCCGACCUCGCCCUGGCCUCGCCCGGGGAUGCCCAGCUGGUCCUUCUCUGGCCAUGGCGGCUCAUGAACGUCAACGGGCGCAGCGUGGCCCGGGACACGGAGCUGUUUGGACUGACUGCUGAGGAGGUCUGCCUGGUGCGCGAUGAGCUCCACAAGCCGCUGGGGAAACUGGCUCUGAAGUUGGGAGGAAGUGCCAGGGGCCACAGUGGAGUCCGUUCCUGUAUUAGCUGCCUCGAUUCUAACAUGAGUCCUGCACUGGGUCGGGCAAUGCCACGGCUGCGGGUGGGCAUCGGGCGCCCGACACACCCGGACACAGUGCAGGGCUAUGUGCUGGGCCACUUCACCCCUGCUGAGCAGGAGCUGCUGCCUCCAUUGCUGAGCGCCACUGGCCUGCUCCUGGACCACAUCCGUGAGCGGAGCCAGAGGCCUUCGUCUGGCCCCUGA